AUGCCCUCAACCUCGCGCAACACCAUCCGCUCCCAAAUAAGAAACAAAGGCGAAUCACUCACCCCAGCCGACCGCGAAGCCCUUUUAAAACCCUACCUCCCGGACCCAGCAGACCUCACAACCCCCCGCUCAGCCCGUUCAUCCCGCCGAAGCAAAAGCAAACAGCCACGCAAAACCCCUAUCCGCACCUUCAUCAAGUCGCAAGUCCACCGUCUCGCCUACGCCCUCACACACAUCAUCUUCGGCAUCGUCGUCCGCCUCAUCCAAGCCUAUCAUGCCGUCGUCGACCGAAUUCUCGCAAUCGUUUAUCACCACCACCGCACGCCGGAAUUGAUUCGGAAGGAUGUGCGCUCGCUGAAACGAUUGCCGCAGCAUUUGAGUGUUAUUCUUACAUUGAGAACUGAAGAUGACGCCCUCGCUGUACUUAUGGAUGAAGUUGCUGAGCUUACAGCUUGGUGUACGUGCGCGGGGAUUGCGCAGUUGAGCGUUUAUGAGAAGAGUGGCGUCCUAAAAUCCUGCAUCCCAGCCCUCCACCAAAUAAUCUCCACAAAACUCGCCUCUUACCACGGCACAUCGCAACAACCCUCCCUCCAGCUCUACGCACCACACCACGCCGUACACGGGUCUCCCAAUCCCAGCACUACUGGCACCGGUACCGGCACCGACUCAAUCGCCCUCCUCCUCCUCUCCUCAACAGACGGCCGCGAAACAAUCGUCGACCUAACAAAAACCCUCGCAGAAAUGUCUCAGAACGGAAAACUCUCGCCAGAGGAUAUAACCCCUGAACUCGUCGAUGCGGAGAUUACGGAAAUCACGGCUCACCCGCUGCGAAAUGGUGGCAGCACUCGCCCGACCAACGGUACCGGCACUGGCACUGGCGCAGGUGCAGGUGCUGGCGCUGACGAUCUACUCAAACCCGAACCAGAUCUUUUACUAGUUUUCGGCCCCUUCCUCAAAUUGGAUGGGUAUCCGCCUUGGCAGUUACGGUUGACGGAGAUGUAUUGUACUGGUGAUCGGAGUCAUGGGUCGACGGGGGAUGGGGAGGCGGUUGAGUAUCAGGGGUUUAUGAGGGGGGUUGUGGCAUUAUGCUGGGGCUCAGAUGAGGUUCGGGAGGUAGUAGUUUCAUCCGAAAGGGGUGGAGAAGGGAAGAGAAGAGAAAAGUGGUGA